AUGGUGGUUCAGUGGGGAAUCCUCGGCUGUGCUGGCAUCGCACGGAAGUUUUGUGCUUCUGUCAGCCGCAUAGACAACGCCGUCAUUGCUGCCGUGGCCUCCAGAACUGCAGGAAAGGCCGAUGAUUUCAUCGCCGAGAACUGUCCUGGUUCCAAGGCUUAUGCCAGUUAUGAGGAACUGCUGGCUGAUGCUUCGAUAGAGGCUGUCUAUAUUCCUGUGCCUACAAGUGUCAAAACCGAGCUCGUGCUCAAAGUAGCGGCUGCUAAGAAGCAUGUUCUAGUGGAAAAGCCACUUGCCAGUGCAGCCGAUGUUAAGUUGAUGAUCGACGCGUGCAAGGCGGCGGGAGUGCAAUUCAUGGACAACACAAUGUUUCUGCACAAUGCCCGGCAAGACUCCAUCAAAAGCGUGUUGAGCGACGGUGGCAUGUUUGGCGAUUUGCGACAUGUAGACUCCACUUUCAGUAUCGACUGCGCCAACGAUGAGGCAUGGGCCGCCGACAACAUUCGCAUGAAGAGAUCUUUGGAGCCGCUUGGAUGUUUGGGUGACCUCGGCUGGUACAAUGUUCGUCUGACGCUCUGGGCCUUCCAGUACUCGCUCCCGACCAGUGUGUCGUGCACGUACGUGGAGCACACAGAAGAAAUGGUCCCUACCCAUCUUAUGGCACAGAUGCGUUUCGGCAACAAGACAGGGAGUUUCAUGUGUUCCUUCAAGUCUGCUUUCCGGAACAGUGCCGAGUUUGUCGGCUCAAAGGCCGUCUUAUCACUCGAAGAUUUUGUUGUCACUGGAAAGCUGGAUGCGGCGAGCUACAAGGUCACGCAGACCACGUUUGGUGCGAAGGACGAGACGUUCCCACUCGUGACUUUGAAGGAUGAAGAGCUGAAAACCGGUGUUCAACAUGCGAAGCUUGUGGAGACGUUCUCCGGCUUGGUGGCCUCGGGCAAAGUGGACGAAACAUGGCCCGAACAAACAUAUCAAACGCAGCUAGUUUUGGAUGCAAUGGUCAAAUCUGCUGAGCAAGGAGGCAUGUGGAUCUCCUUGCAAUAG